UAUUUUUGAUUCCGCGCUCGGUCUUCCCCUCUCUCGCUAGCGCCACCACCACCUUCCUUCCUUCCUUCCUUCCCAUCGCUCGCCGUCGCCGCCGCCGCCGCGGAGAGCUGCUCCCUCGAUCCGAUCUCGGCGGGGCGCGGAGCACCAGGAUGACGGUUUCAUCCGCCGGAGACUCGUCGGAGAGCAUUGCUUCUCUUGUUGGACUUGCACCACUUGAGGCCGUUCUGUUUGAUGUUGAUGGAACUCUAUGCGACUCGGAUCCUCUCCACUACCAUGCAUUCAGAGUGAUGCUCCAAGAGAUAGGUUUCAAUGGUGGAGUUCCGAUCACAGAGGAUUUCUUCGUUGAGAAUAUUGCUGGAAAGCACAAUGAAGACAUAGCUGAGGUCCUCUUCCCAGAUGAUAUUCCUCGAGGCCGGAAAUUUACGGAGGACAAGGAAGCCUUGUUCCGCAAAUUGGUCUUGGAACAACUAACGCCCGUGAGCGGCCUGUACAAAUUGAAGAAGUGGAUUGAAGAUCGUGGUCUAAAACGUGCUGCAGUUACAAAUGCUCCCAGGCCAAAUGCCGAACUCAUAAUCUCAAUUCUCGGACUCUCAGAUUUCUUUCAAGCUGUUGUUGUAGGAAGUGAGUGCGAGCACGCCAAACCACACCCAGAACCUUACCUGAAGGCCCUUGAUCUGCUGAAGGCAUCGAAGGAGCAUACUCUAAUUUUUGAGGACUCAGUUUCGGGCAUAAAAGCAGGGGUGGCAGCUGGAGUGGCCACUAUCGGCAUAACAACGAGGAACCCGGAACAUCAACUGAUGGAAGCAAAGCCAAUAUUCCUCAUCAAGAGUUAUGACGAUCCUAAGCUGUGGGCCGCUUUGGAAGCGCUCGAGAAGAUGGAUGCUUGAAAAAUUCUUUGACGGCCAGGAAGGUAGGAGGACCUGCCCAUCAACUGCCCCUAGCCAUUUAGAUUUGAUGGUGCAAAACUGCAAGUUGAUAACAAUUCCACUUAGGGAUCGCAUAUUGUCGCCAGAAUCUGUUCUGAUUUUGAGAGAUGUUUCGUUUUACUCUCUGCUCACUGAUUAGAUUACUGAAAGUUAAAGUGGAAAGAGAAACGAUACUGUUUUCACUAAUUCGAUCGGUCCUCUCACUCAUGUAUUAAUAAGAAUUUCCUCCGAUAUGAUGUUUCCCUUUCACAUUA